AUGUCCGCCUCUGGUUUUGGGAUGACCUUUGUCACCGCUUGUGUCGUGUUAUCGUCCGUCGUCCGUGAGCAGACUCAGCUGUUCGGACGCUGGUGCAUCGUACAGUUCUGUAUCUUGCGUUGCUUUUUCCUGACGUCCCAGAUGACCUUGGCCCUCAUGGCCGUGGAACGCUACGUCUUCAUUUGCCACGGCAUCCACUACCUCAGGUUGAUCAACACCAACAACGUGCACAUGAGUUUGGGCCGCCUCUGGCUGGUCAGCGUGGCGGCGAGCUAUCACGGAGGUUCGGUGCUGAACCACAUUAAGCACGGCCCCCUGCAGCAAACCAGCGGGUUUGUGUGCGACGCCGUUACCAUCAAGGAACUCAUAACGUUUACCCUGGAAGAGGACCUGCAGGUUUUCGGGCCCCCGUCUGUCAUCACAACUUUUUGCAUCCUCGCCAUCUGCUACUGCUACGGCUGCAUGUAUCAGGCGGCGCUGAGGGUGAGCGUGGCCCUCAAGUGUAACAACCACCGAGCCAACUGCACCGUGGGACUUUACCUCCUCAUGUUUCUGCUGCAGAUGGUGCUGAGCAUAUUUUUCAUCAUCCUCACAGUGAUGGGAAAAACGAAGUCGCCCACCUGGAGGAGGCUCACACCCGUGCUGACGCCCCUGCUCCUCACAGUACCUCCGUGCAUCAACGCAGCGUUCCUCCUCAUCCGCAACCCGCAGAUAAAGCACCUGCUCUUUUCCUUGUGCCGUCAGAAGUGUCCGUGGGCAGUCGUCUCAGAGGUGGAGGUUCUCCAGCAGAGCACGGUGGAGCACAUGCGUCUGGACAAAGAUGGACAGAACACACAGAGCGAGAGCUUCACACAUCCAGUGACAGCCCCAGCCGCUACCAGGAAACCUUCCGAGGACUUGAAAUGA